UAGAAAACAAAUCCCUUUCGAGGAAUUAGGGUUUUUUGUACUCCAUUUAUGGAAGCUUUUGGGGAUGAUGAAUUAGGGCUAGUUCUUAAGAGGGUUAUUGAUCGAAAUGACAGGAAAUCUUGUGCUCAGGUUUGUAAUCAGUGGUUGAGGGUAGAGGGCUUAACUCGUUUGGCUCUACGGAUCUUAGAACCUGAACUCCUCCGUAAAUUCUUGCUGAGGUUCCCUAACUUGAUUACUUUGGAAGCAGCUGGAGAGAUCACUAAUUCUGACCUUGAAUUAAUAGCCGAAACGUGUCCAGAUCUUCGGUUGCUCAAUCUCAAUCUUCGUCAAACGCAGAGGGUUCUCGAUGAGUUCGAGGAAUUGGGUCCAAACGAUGUAGGGGACGAUGGUGUCUGUGCCGUCGCGAUUCGUUGCCCUGCUUUAACCAAGGUUUUUCUACGUAGGCGGAGUCGAAUCGGGAAUGUGGGAGUUGUGGAUCUCAUAAAAUCUUCCCAAAAUUUAUCGACUUUGGAUCUGGCAAAGUGUACUAAGAUCACGGAUCAAGCAUUAGAAGCCAUUGAAGCAGCGACUUCACUGCGAGUUCUCAACCUGCGACGCAUUAAGCUUCCUAAAGCUUUUGCAGCCAAAGGCACACCUUCACAUUUCUUCACAAUUUCCUUACCAAUCACUUCCAAGUUUGCAAUCUCUUCUCUACCAUCUCCAAAUGCACAUUGCUUGAACAGAUCCCAACAAUCAUCCUCUGAGAGUCCUUUCAAGUGGAGAGCAGGAAAAGUGCCCAUGAUUGAUGCUACUUUUUCAACCCGAGUGGUUACAAGAAUUGAACAUCCUUGA